AUGGCUGAUCGUCCAAAGGAUGAUGGUGGCCAGCCAUCAUCCGUCAGAGGAAAAAAUGACAACCACCGCAGUAAGGUUCUCUCGCGCAAGGGGCGCAACUCAACGACUCGGCUCAUGGAGAUGGACCUCGACUACGGCUUGUCCUCCAGCUCCGACGACGACGACCUCCCACAGAAAGAUGGUCGCCCAGUCACACACCUGGUACUGAGCGCGGGCGAGCGCUACACUACGAAAGAGGAGGAAGUUAUUGGAAAAGACGUCUACUUCACCACUGACUACGACCCAAGAUGGUCCGACAAUAUGCGCAAGGUUCUAAACUUUUUGACGCAGCACCCUAACCAUCUUCUCGCCGAGGGCAUUCGUAGAGUUUACAAAUAUCAGCACCUCACCAAGGACCACAAGGACAAGACCCGAUACAUGCCCAUCGGAGAGGAGCUACCGCCGGUCGACCAGCGCGAGCGCCCGUUGGUGUUCACUCACGCAAACAUGAAAACCCACGCGAUCGGAUCAGCAUUUCGGCGUCUCAGAAUCCAUCAUUUGAGUGGAGAGCAAUGCUUGUUUAUGGCUCAAUACGAGUUCCUCACUAUGGCACCCUCGUUGUUCGUUGAUGAGGGUAUAUUCAUCAAAGAUGUGAUUGUGACGCCCGAUAUCGACCAAGCCUCUGGAGCCGAACUCCGAAAUGGCGUUCGAAUAUUCCAUCUGAGCCCCGGACAGAAAGCCAGAGUCGAAGCGAGCAUGUAUGACGCGACGCCCGACAACGCUUGGAACAUGAACUUCUUUCGAUCCACAAUGGUCUCACUGAUUCGAUCUGGAUUACCCGCCGCGGUUCGCGAAAAUGUCGAGUUAAACCUGAGAGCAUGCGACCCGAGCAAGGAGGUCUCAGAAACGACCGCAUGGAAGGGCUGGGAACAGAGAUGGCCCGAUGGCGAAACAAUGGUUCCGUUGACAUUGACCGAGUACGAGAUCAUGCGGUGCUUUUUGCUGGGUCGCGAGCAUGCCAAAGUCACGUCUGCAGUAGAGAAUUUUGGUCUGCAAUGCUAUCGACAAUCAUUGAUUAUGUUUAUUGGAUGGCAGCCGAUUAAGCUGAACGGCGAUGGACACGGGGAGACUAUCGCCAAUGGUGAAGUUGUCUUGCCCGGCCAGGCAAAAAGCAGCUUCUUGAUGGGAUCAACCCCUCAAAACGCUUUGGAGAUAUCUAGCGAUGAUGAGAACACGGCUCCAUUCCCCAAGAAAGGACGUUCCAUCAUCAAAGUUGGUCCGGCCGCCAGUGUUGCCGAUCUCGAGGCCAAGGUGAAGAAAGCGGAGGAAAACCUGGCAGCAAAGACGCAAGAGUUGAAGACGGCCAUUGACGAAAGAAAUCUUUUGCAACAGACAAUCGAUGGCGAAAGACGACGAUCCAGCCAAUACUUUCGCAUCAAGAAAAGCCAUGUCAAGACGCUUUCCGCCGGAGUUGCAGCACUUGUCGCCUGGAAAUAUACUCCAAAGCUGAUGCAUAUGGGUGCCCGAUGGUCUGCACCUAGACUGCAACAACUGGGUCGUUAUUUAGCCAAUGUCACCAACGAGCCGGCUUACCAGCUGGGCAACGCCACCACCGAGGUGGUUCACCAGUUAGCCAAUGUCACCAACGAGCCGGAUUACCAGCUGGGCAACGCCACCACCGAGGUGAUUCACCAGUUAGGCAAUGUCACCAACGAGCCGGCUUACCAGCUGGGCAACGCCACCACCGAGGUGGUUCACCAGUUAGCCAAUGUCACCAACGAGCCGGAGUACCAGCUGGACAAUGCCACCGCCGAGUUGUUUGACGACCUAGGCGACGCUUGA